UUUACGAUAAGGGCAAGAAAAUAAGAUGUUUGUCUUCCGCCAUUUUUGAGAAUUUGCUACGAAGAAAAAUAUCUCGUUAAUUUUUCAUGUGGCGGUGAGCAGUUUAAACCAUUUGACGCAACCUGAUUUGAGCCGAAACGAAAUGUUUUACGUCACAGUAUAAUAUUUGUUGGAUUUUUUCCAUUUUUUGCAAAACUUAUGAAUAACGAACACGGAUAUUUUUGUUGGCCAAAAUACUGUAGUGACAGGUUAUGAGAAACAGGUAACCCAAUUUCAUUGGCCUAAAGGUGGAGAAUACAACCAUUUAUUUUGUAAAUAUGACCGUGUCGUGUCGGUCCCUUCGUACCCGAGAUUUUGCUCACAUCUCUCAUGGCCUUGAACAGCUUGACUGUUUAAAUCCAUUUAGAGGAGCAGUAAAAUCAAGGUUGGUUGCUACAUUUCAUUUGAACUUCAUGAAUAACAAUAUCGAUUUGUCCCUAACGUGUCCAAUAAGGAGCAGCAAACCAUGUGUGUGUCGAUUGCUUGUAUAUUUCACGAAAUCAGCAAACUAAUCGAUUUUUAGUGAAUUCCCAUAUACAAAUAUUUAGCAAAUGGAUUAAAGUGUCUAUCGAUUUUGAGCCAUUUGCAAUGUUUCGUUGCCAGUGCAGUUCUUUGACGUAUUUGAAACAUGUAAAGGGAGUUUCUAAUUUCAUGCCUGUCCCAGGCAUAAUUUUCAGUCAUGCAUGAAAAAAGUGUGACCACUCUGACGUUAGAGUACGUCUUUCAAUUUUUCAUCUUUUUCUAGAAAACCACAAAAUGAGUGACGUAGCAAGAGAAAAAGCAGCGCGGCUGCUGAAGAAGCGAGCCAGCAACACAUCCAUGGUCAGCUCGGAACCCCUUCACCCUGUUCACAGGGUAGGGAUGAUGUCGAGGAGGCAAGGCUCAAUGAGCACGAUAUCUUUCGCAGACGAACCGCACGACGACGUCCUUCGUCCGCCUAUCAGAUUGGAGAACACGUACCAGCUUGAACCAGCAAGGAGGCUCUCCACCUUAGCUAUCACGAAUAUCAUCAGAGAUGUAUUUGAAAGCUAUCUCGCGGAGGAAAAAUACGAGGCAGAGCUAUGUAAACAGAUGACAAAGACUGUAUCUGAAGUUGUCAAGGCAAGAGUAAAGGAAAUGAUGGUACCUCGGUAUAAAAUCAUCUGUGUUGUUCAUAUAGGACAGCUUGACGGUCAAGGGUGUAAAAUAACAAGUCGGUGUCUAUGGGACCAGAGAUAUGAUACGUGUUCCACAUACGAGUAUAGAAACCAUUCCUUAUUCGCUGUCGGGACUGUGUACGGAGUGUAUUCUGAAUAGACUGCUGCAUGGAGCGCAAGUCUGCAUGCGGUGUAUCAAAUACUACGUAAUUUUGCCCCGUACAAUAAACAGCCUCAUUGUCUUUAAACUGAAAUUCCCAUUGUUCUACUGUCUUAUCAAAGGAAUAACAGGGCCAAUCUAUGACAAUAUCAACCCCCACGAAGAACAGCUUCCAGUUUUAUGGGGGUUGGUAGGCCUAAACCGACAAUGGCAAAUGAACGCAAUGAAACCUAUUUCAUUGCACUUUCUCAAUCAUAGACUGUUGUUGGUUAUCAAAAAUAUGGAUAUAUUCUUGCGGAUUCUACUUUACUAUUUGCAUUAUUGCGAAUCAAUGGCAGUUGAAGUCCCAUUUUGCACUUAUCGACAUAUGUACAUGUUUCCUUUCACUUGCUAAUACAAUGUACUGCAUGAGAUAGUAUGUAUGAAUGUAGAAUAAGGUAUUGUAAAU